ACUCCCGCCGGCUAUUUUCUCCUGCUAAACUUGAACGCGCCGCUUUCUCAGCAGCUGACUUUCCUUUACGGCACCCACGUGACUUUUCCCUUUCCGGGAUAUUAAUUCAAGCUGCUGCUGCUGCGGAUGGAGUGUGGGCUGGCAGCUGAAUAUGGCAGUUCGGUUCCUUUGGAAGACAGUGGCCAUGGUGGAGAGGCACAGGACUGGUUUCUUGGCAGUUUCCUGUGCUGGACUCUUUGGUGCUAACCUGACUUUUCACAUCUUCCCCGAGGAGACAUUCAAACCAUUGUAUCAGGCUUGGGCCAAGGGGAAACCAAUGGAGCUCUCGGAAAAAUUACAGAUCCUGUUCCGUGACAUCAUCAGCGACGUCAGAGUUAAAUCAGCAAAUCGUUACCAAGCCUUUGUGGCCUACAGCUUCCACCCGGUGAGCGCUGGGCUUCCAUGGCUGCCCGCAGGCUGUUUCGUGGGCAUUCCUGCCCUUUUCUGUGGUGCAGCCAGUGACGAUAAUAGGACUGCCGGCCACGUUGUCGUGAUUGAAGGCAAAGAAGUGGACUGGGACAGCACAGAAGGCCUGGCCUUGAAGGAGGCCCUGACCCUUUCUCCGGAGGCUCAGAAGUUUGCCAUUGCAAGAGAGCUCAUGUACUUGCAAAGCAACGGACCCUUCGUAUGUGCUGCUGUUGCCCCCGUAUGUUUAGGUGGGACUUGGAUUUCUGGGGUAGCCAUAAAGCAGCUCCUGGGCUUGUAUUCAGGUCCAGUGCUCUUACGAGGCCUUUACAACAUGGCUGUAAUGGCGAUUGGAUUUGUGGGCUAUUGUCUCUCGUAUGACACUGUGAGUCAGGCAAUGGAUUACAGGACAGACAGAAAUACAGCCACCGUUUCCACCAGCUUUGCUAGAGGUGGAGUGGAGUUCUAUAAUAAAAUUCUGUCCCAGAACAAGAUUUUCCGCACGCUCAUGGGCAAGCGAGGAGAGCGGAUAUAUGCCCCAAGUGGCAAUCUUUUCCCAAGAUACUGGUUCAGAUUAAAACAUGCAUCAUACACUUCCAGAAGAGACUUGAUUAUCAAUAUUUUAAGCAUGCCCCAGGCAUAGCAGUAGAGGCACGAUUGAAUUUUAAGCUUGUAGAUUAUGUAUUCUCUUUGGAACACUGCAGCCUGGUUUCGCUUUUCAUAUGAUUUCAUUAGCAUUUCCAUUAUUAUUAUUAUUAUUAUUAUUAUUAUUAUUAUUAUUAUUUGGGGGGCGGAGAGGAGAAGGGGCUUGAUUUUAUUUUUCCUUCCUGUCCUGGAUGCACUGGAUGUCUUUAAAAAUUAAAGCCUUGCUUCAAAGGUUCUGUGUCCUACAUGCCUCUAAAUUCCAUCUUAAAACUCUGAGGGAGUGUUACUUCCCAAGCACGGAGCUGGAAGAGCUAGCAUUCUCUUUAUUUUGCAUAUUAUUUUGAACGGACAUAAAAUGCAGAGGGCAGCAUGAUGUGCUCUUGUUAAUGUAAAGUGUGGGUGGUGUGCAGAGUUGUGGGCAGGUGCAGAACUGCCAUGUAACCUGGUGCUUUACGCACAUCUAAAGAAAAUAUGGAGGAAGCAAGUUUCUAGUCCUCGUGGAUUAUGGAGGAAAGUUUAGCUAAGUAUUGGAUCCAUGUGUUGAGAAUGCUGAAACUUUCAGCACAGCCUAUGAGGCUACUAGUGCCCUGUAUGGUUCCAUGUUAUCCCCCAGUGUAAACUUGCAUCUAGUACAAAUGCUGUUCCCCCAUUCUGAUUCCAUAAUGCCAUUUGUUAUCCUAACCACAAUCUUAAUAUUUACAGCCAGAUGCACUGACCCAUUGCACCACCGGAGGCUUGAAAAUGUAUACACAAAUGUGUACAGCACUGCAUUUCAUGACUUGGGACAUUUUAAAUAUCAACUUUCCGUGUAUUCCAAUCAUAGAGUUGUAAGGGACCCUGAGGAUCAUCUAGUCGAAGCCCCUGCAAUGCAGAAAUAUGCAGCUGUCCUUUAUGGGGAUCGAACCUGCAAUCUUGGGGUUGUCGGCACCAUGCUCUAACCAGCUGAACUAACCGGCUAGGCAUGUAUAGUGCUGAGUGCACAGCUCCCACUACUGUGAGCAUGAGGUCUUGCUGAGCCUCCUAGAGUGGCCUGCUUCCCAAGGCCCUACGGCACAAUGUACAGUUCUGUUUCUCCAAUAUCACUGUUGGGCAGGGCAUGUGGUGGCUUGAUAGAGUCCUUAUGGGAUGCCCUCUGGUGGAUGCAGAAGGAAAUGGAUCAUGCCCAAAAUCUUGCAAGAGUUGUGUGUGGUUCAGCAGAAAAAAUACGUCUGGGAUUUCAAAGGCAGAAUUGAUGUGCAUUUGGCGUUUUUGUAAAAAAGAAAAGUAAAGAAAGGACCAACAACUUUCAGGGUGUCCUGGUUUUUACUUUUUGAAAUAUGGCAACCCUAGCUGUACUUAAUUGGCAC